AUGAGCAAUCGAUCAUUGUCCGGCCAAACAGACGAAGACCCACGCAUCAACAUCCGCAUCAGCUCGAGUCCUCCCAUUAACAUCCCCUUCCACACGCGGCAACGGCCUCGACAAUACCAGACAUUUGUGUACGAACCGCCGCAACAUCAAGAUGGCCCCCUCAAUGUCCCGUUCCUCCUCGAACCGUUCGAGACGGAGCCCCAGACGGAGUACCAGGCGAAUCGAUCGAUGAUGCAGCUAGAGUCCUCGCCCUCGAUCGUCACAUCCAUGCCGACAGCCUCUUUGUUUGCACAGACGGCUCCCAUGCAUGACCUUGGCGACGUUGUGCAGUUCAACCAGGAGAGGGCAAAUGCGUCCCAGAGGAGGAACGAGGCAUCGCCAAUUCAUGUACUCAACCCCUCGUUUGGCUGGAAUGGCAACGUCUUGACAAGCCAGGGACUGCCGCUUGCUAGGCACCGUGAUUUCAAUAUCUCGAGCAUGGAUAUUUAUCCGGAGACCUUUUCUGUCGAUACGCGGCUGACAAACGAUCAAUGGAGCGAUGACCUUGGGGAGCCAUGGCAGGCAAACGGUUAUCAGGGCAGCACGCAUGAUUUUCUGGAUCCAGAUCAGGAUUUCUCAAAUCCUCAGUCCGGCUAUUCUGGGCAUAUCGUCGACCUGGCUCCAGGACCACGAGAGCAUGGACGAAUCGGUAGCGCCGACAACCAACGGGCUCAGGUCGUCGAAGCCGGGGUGGAACAGAUGGUGAAAAACCUAGACUCGCUUUACAGGCGCAUAUCCAUGGGGCUGGACGUCACCGGGGCCCAUGACGCACAGCGCUCCUUUAUGUGCCCCUAUGCCAUGAGAUACCCAGACCGCGUAAGCCACAACUGCUUUCAGAAGCUCAAUUCGAUCCCGUAUGUGAAGCAGCAUCUGAGGCACAACCACCACGACGCCAUCAGCUGUCCUCAUCGGUGCCAGAAUCGACGGCCAGGGGCCAGGCCUUCGCGAAGCCGACCCAGCGCCGGUCUCUCCUUUGGCGCCGACAUGUGCCUCCAGAUCAACAAGCAGCGGAGUGACCGAUCCAGAACGCACAAGCAGCAGUGGGAGCGCAUUUAUCAGAUUCUGUUCCCCGGUGCGGACCGCGUCUCCGACCCUUACAUCGCGGACUCGACGGUCAAGCGGCUCAGACAUUUCUUCAAGUUCAUGGAGAACCACGGCAUCGAAUGCUUGGCUGCCGUCUAUGCGCAACUGCCAGACACGGUAUCGUACCCAGAGCCAGAAAUCAUGUACCGGAGAGCUUUCUGCACAUGGUUGCCGCGCAUCUUCGAGAGCCGAUUUCCUCCACAAGGGCACCUCCUGCUGGGGGAUUUUCUCAGUCAGAUAGACACCUUUCUGCGUGACGACUCUUUUCUUAUGGAUAGUUCCUCUGGAGCUGCAAGUCUAAGGAGUGCGGCGUCUCUUCCAGACGUACGACAGAUGGGCCAACCCGAUCCCUCUUUUACGGCAAUGUCACAGAUGGGCUCCCUAUCAAGUCAACAGCAAUCCUACUCCGCUAUUCCUUCGCCAUAUCUGACGCACCAACAAAGCUCUUUCGAGCCAAUGGAGGGUGCCUCGUUCUUGGAAUCUUCAUUUGCCCCUACGCCUUCGGAGAUGUCCUACUUUGAAACGCCCAUCCCGCUUCAGACAGACAUUGACUCUGCAACGCCUCUAUUCGACGAAGCCAAUCUUGCUAAUUUAUUCGAUGGACACAACUUUUCGUUCGACCAAUAUGGUCCAAUGCAGGGCAGCCCUUCUCAGUUCUUUGAAGAUGCCGAUGGCAUCCUGUCAGGAGACUUCUGA